UUGCUAUUUGUCAGUCGAGAGAUCACUCUGACCGAAGUGGGUCAUCGCAUUUCUUGCCUUGACUAGCCAGUUUCACAUUCGCGAUAGUCUUCGCCAGUGCACAGUGAUUCUCCAAUAUGGAGGGCAUAAAAUGCUUAUUAAAUAACAACCGGAGUCCCGGAGAUUGUAAGGUGCAAAUCGUCCGUUCGUCCGAACAAAGGGGAUUGCAACACUUGCCGGAACGGCCAAAGGUGGAUUUGGCCUUCUCCAAACUAACAUAUACAGUGCGACAAGGAAAAUCCGACAAAGUAAUAUUGAAAAAUGUGAGCGGAAGAUUAAGGUCCGGCGAACUGACCGCCAUCAUGGGACCAUCGGGAGCUGGAAAGUCCACCCUUCUGAACAUUUUGACUGGAUACAAGACAGAGGGUAUGCACGGUGAUAUUCUAAUGAACAACGAUGUACGAGACAUCAGCCGGUUCCGAAAACUGUCGGCCUAUAUUAUGCAAGACAAUCAGCUGCACGGCAAUUUGACGGUCAAAGAGGCGAUGGACGUGGCUGCAAAGCUGAAAAUCGGCGACAAGACCAAGGAAGAAAGAGAAUCCAUCAUAAGCGACAUUUUGGAAACGUUGGGAUUGUACGAGCACCGCACCACCAUGACCAGCGGACUUUCGGGCGGUCAGAAGAAGAGACUGUCGAUCGCCCUCGAGCUCGUCAGUAAUCCACCGAUAAUGUUCUUUGACGAACCCACCAGCGGUCUGGACAGCUCGUCCUGUUUCCAGUGCAUAUCCCUAUUGAAAGACCUGGCGAGAGGCGGUCGCACAAUCAUCUGCACCAUCCAUCAGCCGUCCGCCAGGUUAUUCGAGAUGUUCGACCACCUGUACACGCUGGCCGAUGGCCAGUGCGUGUACCAGGGCAGCACUAAGCAAUUGGUGCCAUUUUUGGGCACUUUAGGCUUGCAAUGUCCAUCUUAUCACAAUCCGGCGUCUUAUAUCAUUGAAGUGGCCUGUGGGGAAUACGGGGAUCAUACUAAAAAAUUGGUUAACGCCAUCAAUAACGGGGUUAACGAUAUUGUGGACGGCAAACCUUUCCCUGAACUGAAGAUGAUUGAUAAUGGAUUGAAUAACGCGGAUGUUUUGGCCAAUGAAAGAUUGGAUACUAUAAUCGCCAACAAUUUUGCCAAAGCUACACCGAAUGUGUUGAACGAGAAGAAUGAGUUCACUUACGAAGCGGCCAAUGACGUCGAGAAAAAUAUCGCAAUACCAAUGGAUAACGAAAAAACGGGUGUUGAGACUCCAUUCCUUGGCACUACAGUACAACAACAACCUCGAUAUGGCACCUCAGAACUACAACAGUUCUUUAUCAUUUUAAGAAGAGCUCUUUUGUUUAGUAGAAGAGAUUGGACUCUUAUGUAUCUGAGAUUGUUCGCCCACAUAUUGGUAGGCUUCCUUAUUGGAGCUUUAUACUUCAAAAUUGGUAACGACGCCUCCAAAGUGCUCAGUAAUCUCGGAUUUCUCUUCUUCAACAUGUUGUUCUUGAUGUACACAUCGAUGACAAUUACAAUUUUAUCGUUCCCAUUGGAAAUGCCCGUUUUGCUUAAGGAACACUUCAACAGAUGGUACUCACUUCGUUCAUAUUACCUGGCCAUUACUAUAUCCGACAUGCCUUUCCAAGCAAUUUUCUGCGUGGUUUAUGUAACAAUCGUCUAUUUUAUGACGUCGCAACCUCCCGAGCCCGCCAGAUACGGAAUGUUCCUGUUAGCCUGUCUGUUGGUGUCCUUUGUCGCUCAAAGCGUUGGCUUGGUUGUUGGAGCUGCCAUGAAUGUCCAGAACGGUGUCUUCUUGGCUCCCGUCAUGUCGGUGCCUUUCCUUCUUUUCUCCGGCUUCUUUGUUUCAUUCGACGCCAUACCAAUUUAUCUCCGGUGGAUCACGUACCUGUCUUACAUCCGAUAUGGUUUCGAAGGUACUGCUCUCGCUACGUACAGUUUCGACAGGCCAAAACUGCAAUGUUUCGUUUCCUAUUGUCACUUUAAAUCGCCAGCGGUGACUUUGGAGGAAUUGGACAUGGUCAAUUCGAAUUAUACUAUCGAUGUCAUUGCUUUGGUAGUUAUUUUCUUCGUUCUGAGGAUAUCCGCAUUCCUGUUCCUCAGAUGGAAGUUGAAAGCGAACCGUUAAAAUUAAAAACGCAGCAGUCAUUGAGUCAAAUCCUAAAAAAUAUCUUAAUAUACGGUUUAGUGCCGUCCAUCCUGAAGUGCACAAUAAAUUGAAUAUUUCUUUAAAUCAUUUUCACAACAAGUAAAUGUGUAAUUAAGAUGUUUUAACAUAUUUGACUGUGAAAAUAUUUAUUGACUGAUUUGAAAAUAUUUAAUCACAUUAUCUUUUGUUGGUUUUUGUUAAUUUUUAUUAUUACAUAAUUGAAUAUCUUUUAGAUGUUUUAAGACUGGAUUAUUGUUGGAUUUAAAGCAAAUUAUUUCAAUACUAAAAUGCUAUUAUCCAAUUAUAAUUCUUUUAAUGUAGGACGUAGGAAAGUGAUUGUUUAGAUUUUAUAGUUUUUCAUUUAUGUGACCGCUUAAUUUACUUAUUUCCAUUUUUAAAAAUCUAUGAUGAACAAAAAUGCUGCCUUAUGUUAUCACAGAUUUGCUUUCUUACCUUUUAGUAGAAUUAGGGGCUGUGAAGUUCGUUUGACCUUAAAGUAUAUGGACAAAGUUUGACUAUUUUUUUAUUCUACUUGCCAGUUUUUGCCCAUGACUCUAGGUCUAUUGUUUUUCGAUAUUUACAUGGACCAUUUACAUUAGAGUUUGUAUUUUUUAUAUUGGUAUGUAUAUCCAGUACUAUUUAUAUGGAAAUUGUAUAUAGUUGAAAUAAAUUAUUUUAAAAUUA